AUCGAUUUCACUUUUUUCUCACCAAAUUCUCAGUCAUGUGGGAGCCACUCUCAAUCAUGUGGGGGGAUCCCACUCCUACCACAAAACGCCAAACGGCCACCGGUACUCUGUCAACACUGCCAAACGACCAGACGUUCGCCGCAAUGCAUGAAACACAUCACGGCCAAGAACCGCAAUACAAUGUGCACCCCCAUUCCAACGGCGACCUCCAUUGCAAUCCCGCCUGCAAAUGUCAACAAAGAGAUCCAGCGGAAAUUCUGGCUGUCGGCGAGAAAGCAUGGCAGACAGGUGAAUACUACACCAACGGUCAGACCGUCAUUCUGAAUUCCAAGGUCCGUCCUAAAGGUCCUGGGGUCAAACAUGCCCAACCGAAUCAGUGUCGCCUUCAACAGCGGUAUCAGCAGCACCAGCAGCAACAGUGGCAACAGAUCCCUGCCGUACCGAUAGUGCCUCAGCAGAGACCUGCGGUUUGCUCAGCGCCUUCACUCGGCCUUAAUCAGUCUCAGACUUGGGCACAGUCUCAACAACCGAGUUGGCGCUUCGUCGACAAACCCGGCCAUGUUGAUCUUACUUCUAAUUAUUACGAUAUAGGCAAUCACGCUUCUUCCAACUUCAACAACAUCUUGACCUCGCAAUCGACACAGCAGCCGGAGAAGUUAAAGUCCGACAUGGGUCACUCGCUCGAUUUCUCUGUGGACCUGACACGCUCUCCUCCUCUGGAAAAUACAACAGCUACAGCUUCAGAUCGCUCUGCCAAAGGAGUAGGAUACCAUAAUCAAGCCCCAACGAGUCCACUCCCGGAAACCCAGACUCAACAUCAUGCUUCUCGCGGCUUUGUCAACGUACUCGACCCAAAGGCAUAUCCAGCUCCUCUUUACCAUCCUCGGCCACUGAACGGCCCACAGAGAUAUGCUGCUCGUCGGAUGAUCAAUAAAGCCGAUAAACACCUACGUCUUGUUUCAGAGUUAAUGAAAGAGGAGGAGGAGGAGCAGGAGUACGGACAGGAGAACCACGAAUCAGGGGACUACGAAGAGGACGAAUUCGAACACGAUAACUACAAAGAGGAGGACUACAAACAGGAGAAGUGCCCUAUUGUCCCUAGAGGUACCCCGCCUUUUUCACCCCCUACAUUCACCUCUACACCCAACACUCCCCAGCGACCCGAAGAAGAAGAGCCAGAGCUCUGUGACCAAAAGGCACUCAACGAAGUCCUCGGCGUAUACGAAAAUACCUGGAUGUAUAAGUCCAAGCCGGCCAUCACUGCCGCGCUCUACAAGUACAAGCGAACACGCCUCGAUCGGUCAAAGUAUGUCCUAGACUGUCUCAUGGAUAUGGUGCAGGUGAACUCGGACGAGUUUAAGCCGCCGACAAGGCCUGACAAGAACAACCACAACAACCACCACCACAACAACAACCACAACGACAACAACGACAACAACAACAACAACAACAACAACAACAACAUGAACGACAACAACAACAACCACAACAACAUGAACGACAACAACAACAACAACAACAACAUGAACGACAACAACAACAACAACACCACCACCACCACCACCACCACCACCACCACAAAGAGAAAGAGGAGUGAUUCCAAGCUUGUCUUGGGAUAG